AUGACAGCCCGAUCUGAUGUCAAGGCUCAAAGAUUAGCGAUCUCCUCAUGCCAGGCUUCUCAGGGAACGUAUGGUAAUCGCGCUACCAUCAGAAAAUCUCGCAAAUGUCGCCACAGGCAGAAGGUUCGCGUCUUAUUUCGCAGGCGUCGUGACAUAAAAGACGAUAUUCUCGAUGAAGACGCAGCAACUGCGAUCUUUGGUAGCGAAGGAGAAGAGCCCAAGCUACAUCGACAUCCAAUUGGUCCUCCGGCACCUCCCACUCAAGCCGAAUACCGUCGUCAGAUGCAGGUGAUAGCUUCAGGGCAAGAUCACGAAAUGCAGUUUUCUCCCGCACUAUUCGAAAGAGAAAGGGCACUGCCACCAACAACAAAUGUUGUUCCGUAUGACAUCAAUGUCGAUCCCAACUUCCCUGUUGAGGCUCCCCGUGCUCGACCCAUAGUGGAUGAGUUUUCCACCAACCGAGUUGACGAGGAGUUCCGAACAGGUUAUCGAUGGAGAUCGGUACGAAUUUGA